UGAUCGGAGAAGUUGUUUCCCUUUCUUGCCCCCCAUCCCGACUUGCUUUCCACUCAUCCCACCUUCUUUCGAUAAAGAUAAAGUUGACCUUAACUUGUGACCGUCAUUCAUUCUUUCAAGUUCAGACAUGUAAAUUAUCUAACAUUCUCUUCUUGUGGGUUGCAAAGGCAAUAAAAGCAAAUUGUAAUUAUAUACAAUAAUUAUAGACGAGGAAAAAGAUGAUGGAUGUUGUCUGGCCGGUUCUUGCUCCCGCUGUUGAGCCUGUCCUUGGGUGGACAUUAUUUUCCUGCGCUGCUUUGUACGCCCUACUGUUCCGGACGUAUCUCUUGGUCGCGUCUGUGGUGACAAGCGCUCUCGCUGGUUUGCCCGUGGAUGUGCACCUAAUCGGGGCAUCUGCAGUAUCCCUUGCUACAGACUGGGUUGUGCUCGUCAAGGUGCAGAUGCAGACUUUGAUCGCAUCCGUAGCUGACUCGAUAUUGUUUCACGACGCAGCAAGAGCAUGGGCUCAUGUUCUAGCUGGAAGCCAAACGCUUGUCUCAACCUUGCAAUUGUCUUCCCAAGUGUUCUUUGCCAACACACAUUUGUAUCUGACAGAGUCUUUUAAGUCCCUCCGCGACGCUUCUGCUAUCCUCUUGAACGAUUUGCCACGAACUGCGAGUGCGGUCGCCGCGGAAGCACAAGCUUGCUUCGCAGAAGCGGUUGCGGAAAUAGCGCGACUUGCUCCUCUUACGUCUGUGCACGCGACACACGCCGCCGAGUACGCCAAUACCCUCCUCGCGUCUCAAGUCAUUUUCUGGGGUGAGUCUUUUCUUCUGCUGCGCGAAACAGCCGCUACGGUGAUACGGCAGGGGAUUGCUGCAACAGAGAAAUUCGUCUACGAUUUGCCUGCUGUGCUAGACGACAUAUUCUCCGUGAGACUGCCGAUGCUCAUGCACCAGCUGCGCCAGGCAGAUUGGAACCAGGUGUCUGCACGCGUGGUCGAACAAGCCAUCGCGGCAGUAGGAACCGCAAAAUUCCAUCUGCGAGCCGCUGCUGUCUUCGCGCAGGAGUGGGGCGAAACAGUACAAAUCAGAAUUGUCGGAAAAACUAAGUUGUAAGCCCUUUUCUGUUAGUUGCCACAAUACCAUCGUCAAGAUAGAUUGGUAUUUGCGAAAGAAACAAAUGACCAAUGUUCUAACUCCGCGUCGACUCUAACUCGUGUUGUCGUACUUGACAACCCUUGCACUGAAAAAUCGCUCCAGGUUGCAGAGGAGAUGCAGAGGCUUGCAUCUGCGGCCGUGAUGAAAGCUGAUGCAGCGAUGGGCGCAUUGCAGUACUAUUUUGAUGCUGAUCCGAUGUUAUUUGUCAACUUCCAGAUCAGGAAGAUGCCGUAAUAUAAGAGUUGUAGUAGUAGUGGUAGUUCCCAGCUCGAAAGUUUCUGUUUCUGAUAGAAAUUAUUCGCUUUUAAUAUUUGGUUCAAAAUUUUAGGAAAGUCGACGCAGUGACGGUCCUCCGCUUCAUCCAAGAGAGCCCAGUUCUUAUUCUGUCAAUACUAGUCGGCUCGAUCGUGACAACGGUAGUCACCGUGAGUUUGCUUAGACAGUACCGAAGAGAGAAGGCGAUCAAGGCGGAUUGGGCUGGAAGACGGGCGUUUGUGCGGUGUGUUGCCAAUACUGACGCAGAUUUGAAGGAGAUCGACGACCCUGCUUCAGAAGCAGUUCCCGUGAAGGCAUUCUCAGGAGCAACGAAGUCUUUCCCCAGCAAAUUGAUUAGUUUCCCGGCAACACUGUUGUCGAAAACUUCAAAGGAAAGUGCCUUACAGUCGGACAGAGACGUUGGUAGGUCAGAGCAAGCAAGUGGAGAGCGGGAUAUGAAUCUGCCGAAUCUGUUAGCUCGAACGUCAGAAGAAACGCAAUUUUUACUACGACACGAUGAGAUAUACAACGAGGGGAAAAUACCGCACGGGGGCAAGGUGCAAUCCGGUAAUUCCAGGACGUCUGUAGGCGAGGAUGCCACUUCUGAGAGUGACGCAUCACCGAUGCGAGCAAAGGGGGGAUCAUCCUGCUCAGCGCGAUCAUCACGUAUUUACCUUCUUGGAUAUGAAACGGGUGCACCAUGAAUUUUCUACUUUCGUACGAGCACUAUGCACUUAUCAUGAUCAUCAAUUGUCCAAACUCAAGCACACCUCUCGACGUCCAUUUUUUACUAAGGAAUCUGUUGUUCUAUCACCAAUUACAGCCAAGCGCUUGAAGCCGGAGACACGACUUGCAGCACCAGCAUCAUUUCGCAUGGCAAGUGUCGAGAGCGGGAUGUACCUUGUUCGUCAGCCUGGCGGGUGGCUAGAAAUGCGAUUUGAUAAUGAAUUUCCGGCAAACAAUAACGUAGUCGCUUAUGCUGAACCUUGUGCAGAGAUUCUCGAGGAAUUGCGAUCAAGAGUUUCAGAACCUCAAGAAGUAGACUCCGAACUAAGAAAAUCACUGUUGGGCUUCGUGAGCGUCGCAAUAGGACAGUGGAGAAGUAUUUUUUUAAAAGUUGCAAAGUUUUACUUGGGUGCACGUCGGCUACUAGUGAUAAAAGAGUGUGACGCUUUUUCCAUCUUUGGACUGACUCUGACACGCCGUGGUAAAUUUAUUGUUCCUUCUUUUUGCAGGUACGCGAAUCCUGUUGUACGACACGUGUGAAAAGUUCAUGCACGACAUCAACGAUACCAGCCCUGUCCAGCAUGCGACCGCAAGCACAGCGACUGCGCAUUCCUCAGCAGAGUUAGAGGAGUUGCAUAAGAAUCUGUCCAUGCAGACAUGCGCUGAGGUGGAGCAUCUUCCCGGUGCUGCCUCCUCACAAGGACCAGAAGAGGGUAAGCACUGGAAGCUGAUCUGGCUUUCGCGCGCUCGGAAGAGUGGUUCACGCGCCUUUCAGAUUUUCGAAGUGUUUCCCAACGACGCGUGGUAUCUGAAUCCGGACCUGGUGGAUUUCGUGGGUGUAGUCGCAGCCAAGGCGAGCAUCGGGUCUGUCAAUUCGAUCCCGGGAUUCCAGCGCGAAACCUGUGAUUCCUUCGCUUCCCGACUAGAAACUGGAUUUUGGGUCGAUCUAAAGUCGAAGCCAGCAGCCAGCAGCUUUGCAUCCUCACUUUUCGGAGUCCUUGGAGGUGGCAGCUCAUCAUCGUCUCCGAACAACUACAUACUAGCAACCGCAACAGCUGGUGGUGACAGUACGACGACUAGUGCUGGUAGUUUCGUGUCGACGAUAUUUGGAGGACCGUGGGGAAGAAGUAACAGCGGCAGUAUGAGUGCGACGUCAAGCGGGUCGGCGCAGUGGGUGAAUGCAGGAUCACAGCGAAGACUUCCUUGUUGCGGUGAGUCUCCCUCUACCCGCCGUCGUCGGUCUUUGGGUGGAAACGAAUUCAUUGUUGAGCAGGACUGAAGUUUCUGAAGGACCAGCGUUGGAACUGUUGUCAUGACAGUGGGUGCUCAACAUUUUUAAGGUCUUCAUGACAUUCGAGGGUUUUGCUUCUCAAACUUCAAUAUAGCAUGUACAGAAGUUACACACAUGAUUGAUUGUAUCUUGAAAUAGCACUAUCAUGUAUGAGAUAAACCUUUGGUCUUUUGAGUCUGAGUAUUUGUUGAAGAUACACACAAAUCUACUUUUUUAAGAUCCACACAAUUCAUCGUCAUCUACUAUUUUUGUCACAGCAACUUGACUAAUUAGAAGUACUAAAAACAAAGGAAAUGCACUCAACGCUCAUGCAGCAGAUGAGACGAAGUUUUAUGGAAAUGUAGACAUUGAAUGUUGCACAUGGAGUACAUCGAUUUCCACUUACCGGUCAUGAAGCUAGAAGGAUGAUGAAACAUUAAAUGAAGUUAAAAAGAUUGCUGUAUAGUCAUUUUUCAACCAGAAUGAACCAGAGAUUAGAAUUAGGACUGACCACACCAAAAAAUGCAAGAAAUAUUUGACAGAUCAAUUCGAUAUAUAUUGGCCUAGUAGUAGAUUCCGAAAAUUUAUUGCAAAGUGUCAUGCUCAGCCACAAGUUCUAGAAAAUGGUCUCAUACAUACUUGCAGCAUUUAGAAGGAAGUUUUACCGUGAUACAUUUUAUGUGUCGUUUGUAUUUCAUACCUUUCUACUCGGUUCUGAGUACUACACGAUGUAGGUCCAAGCAAGAAAGCCACCGUUUUGUAUCUUGUUUGUAUUUUUUGGAAUGGUCGCUGUUGAACGAGAAUGGAUCAAAACGCAUAUUAUGAUAAAUAUAUUAUAUGUAUCUAACAACUUCAUAUGGAAAACACCGUUUGCCAUCAUAUUUUGCGAUGCAGAGACAUUUUUGACUUGCAACGAAACAACCAAAAAGAAAAGACAAAACAAGGCAACACCGCAAAUUUAAUCAUUACAGGGCACCUGCACCUGGGAAGCUUGCUUCACCAUCGUUAAGGUUCCCAUUUCUUCGCGGACGAGAGCAAAUAUGCUAUCCACCGGAUAAAGAGAAAGC